AUGGAUGCUCAUGUAAAGAGGCGGACUCCUAAAGAGGUUGUUGCAGAGAGGCACGGUAAAGGUCCCCAACAGACUACAAUGGAGAACCGUAUGAGAUCAGAGGAGGAAAGAGAUAAACUCCGUUCUUACUUUGCAAGGUGGGCUUUUGAAAGUGGCAUUCCAUUCAAUGCAUUGAAGCUAAGGAGCUUCGAGGAGUUGGUUGAGGCAAUUGGACAAUAUGGGCCAGGUUUCAAGCCCCCUUCAUUUCAUGAUUAUAGGGUUCCUCUAUUGAAGUCUGAGAAGGAGAAAGUUGAUGAAAUAAAAAAGAAACAUAAAAUCUCUUGGAGGAAAGGGUGCACUCUCAUGUCUGAUGGGUGGACCGACAGGAAAGGAAGCCACUUAAUUAAUUUUCUUGUCAAUUGUACGGAAGGGACUUUUUUUUUAGGGUCUAUGGAUGCGUCAAGUCAAAUACAAGAUGCAAAAAUGUUAUUUGAGCUCCUUGAUAGUAGGAUUGAGGAGAUUGGAAAGGAGAAUGUGGUUCAAGUGGUCACUGAUAAUGCUUCCAAUUAUGUUGCUGCUAGAAGGCAUGCUCGCCUUCUUGAAGCUAUGAGGGUACAAACAAAAGGAGCAGACUUGGUAAGGGCUGGAGUAACCAGAUUUGCAUCUUCAUUUUUAACACUUCAAAGCUUAUUGAAGCAUAAGGCUGCUUUGAGGAGAUUAUUUCUUUCUGACCAUUGCUUGAGAGCAUCAUUGCCUCUUCUUCAAGUAUUGAGGAUAGUAGAUGGAGAUGAGAGGCCUGCAUUGCCUGAAGUAUAUGUUGCAAUGGAAGAGGCAAAAAAGCACAUAAUAUCAAAUUUUAAGGGCAUAGAAAGGAAAUGGAAGAAGAUUGUAAAGAUUAUUGAUAGGCGUUGGACAAGUCAGAUGGAGCGACCAAUAUAUUUGGCUGCAUUUGUCCUUAAUCCAAGCAAGUACUUUAAAGCAAUUGAGAUGGAAUCAGAUGAAUCUUUAGCCAACUCCUUGAUGCAUAAAGCAAAUGAUGUCUUUAAUGAUGUUCUUAGGAAUAGGUUAGAGCAUCAACGUUUAAAUGAUCUUGUCUACAUCCAAUAUAAUCGUCGUCUUCAAGUAAGGUUCCAAGAAAGAAAGGAACAAAGCAGAAAUUAUGAUCCACUGGAGCUUGAUGAGCUAGAUUGGAGUAGUGAGUGGAUGACUGGGGCUUCAGAUGAUGAAUUAGUUCAUCCUGGGGAUGAUCUCACUUGGAGAACUGUAUCAGCAGUAACUGGGGUAUCUUCAUCGUUUUAUGGCGCCAAUAGAGCGAGGAGGUCUGGACCAUCAACCGCUCCAAUUCCACCCCUUCCCUCUUCUUAUUCACGGCGUGCUAGGGGGAGGGUUGAGUCUUCAGAUGAAGAACUGGAGUUCGGGUUGGAGUUGGAUGAACAAGAUAUGCGUGAUGAUGAAGAUGUUGAGGAUGAUUUUGGUAUAGAAAGUAAUGAUGCGGACAAACAACAGGAGCAAGAAGAUUUAAAUAUGCUUAAUUGGGAUUGA